CCGUCUGACGUCUUCUGCGGAGGGUCAGGGUUUCUGUCUGGUGUGGGCUGGGGGCCGCAGGCUGACUGGGUCUCACUGCUUCUCUGACCUCCCACAGCUCAGCCUCUUCUGAGCCCACCAUCCACAGGGGGCUAUCGCAGGGUACCCAGUGAUAGCCUUGGCCUCAAGGAGCGGGGGACUAGCUCUCCCGCGAAUGGUCACCCCUUUUUCCCGACGGUGGAUUUGUUUCUGACCUUUGACCUGGAGCUUCUCUGCUCACGCAGGUCCCUGAACUCCACUCAGGCGUCCAGACCUCCUGUGGGUGAGGAGGGAACUGCUGAGGAAAGGCCCCCCUUCUCUCCAACCCUCCCUCCCUCCUGCGGACCCUACAUCCAGCCAAGGGUAGGCUCUGAGCUAUGAGGGCAAUUAAGGAAGUUUGUGAAACGAUUGUUAUUUCAGGGGUCUACAGUGUCAGUAUUCAUCUGACUAGCCUUUAGAGUGUCUGGGUCAGCCCCUGGGGAAGCACCGGGUGGCAUCCGUGGCUGGGGUCCUAUGGAGAUGUCAGUCCUGUAAACAGAUGAGGGCCCUCAGGGUAUGCGUGCCCUGGUAGUUAUCUCUACUGGAUGAAUGGACAUCCUGGGAGGGAGGUCGGUUCCUACUGGGGGAGGCGGGGCUAAAGAUCGACUUAAAUGGGGUCUGCGUAGGUGGAAGGGGGCAAAAGGGUAUUCCAAGCGGAGGGAGCUGCAUAUGCAAAGGUAAGAGGCUUAAACCGAGGGGGUACGGCUGGAUUCCGCGCUCUGGAGUAGCCCUGAGGUGGUGAGGGAGCAGAUCAAGCUAGCUUAGGGGGUGUGGACUGGGUCCUGUUGGUGCCUGAAGUGUUUUAAGCAAGGCAUUGGUGCGAUUAUACUUGUUUUUUGGUCGGAAUGUAUGAGCAGCUGAAUAAGGUAGUGAGAGAAGAGUAGAGGCGUCGUAUCUCAGAUUUGUGAAGCCGUAGCGGCGCCGGGUCUCGGGAGUGAAGGUGGGGUAGUGUGAGCGCAUCUGUUUGCAGACAGAGAAAGUUCAGUGUAGUCUGUUCUUUUAAGGCAGUUGGUGAAGAAAGAGAGCAACGUGAGGGUGGGAAGUGAUGCAGAAAUGAUGGAGGAUUUGUCUGUCUUUGAUUCUUUUUUGUUCAAGUUGGGACAGAUUUGAGCUGUGGGAAAAAACUGAAACUGGUACUGUAGUUUUAAAUCUUGAUAAGGUCAAAUGUAUCAGGUUUUUCCAUUAUGCCUUGAACUUGGGUUUUAUUGAAGGAGUUUCCCCUACUGCAAUCCAUAGUUCUAUAUAUAUAUUUUUUCCUACUAUUUAUAACAAGUUAUAUUAGGAAAUAUCUCAAAUGCAGCAUGCAAAGUAGAAACAGAAAGACACCUUUGUGCUUAUCAUCUAGACUGAGCAAAUGUUAAAGGUUUAUUUGCUUCAGAUUUUCUGAAGAACUAAAACCUCAUAAAUACUUGAAGGCUUUUUGCACCCUCCCUAUUGGAUUUUCCUUCUUCUCACUCAGAGGUAACUUCUGAAAUUGCUAUGUAUCCUUUCAUGGUUUGUUUUACUUACAAAUACGAAUGUAGCCAUAAACAAUAUAUACGCUUGUGUUGUAUAUUCAUCACCUUCGCCUGUAUUUCUUUUGGAUUUUUUUCUUAUUUAUUUUUAGUGUGUUGUCUAGAUACAAAUCCGUUUUGCCUUGUGCACAUUGCAAAAAUUUUGAAUGGAAUUUGAUUGGACCUAAUGUUUCUUUGAUGGGUAUAUUUUUGAGUAUGGAUCCAUUUCACUUAAUGUUCUGUAGUUUAUUUGGUUUUCUGUUGCUUUGUUAAUUUGAUUAAUUUAUAUUUUUCUGGAAAGUUGUCCAAUUUAAUUUCAACGUAAUGGCAUUAUUUAUAAUAGUCUCAUAAUUAAAAGAAAACUCCAGUAUAUCUGUAAUUGUCUCCUUUUUCAUGUCCAAAAAUUGUUUCUUUUUUGCCUUUUCUUGUUUUCUUGAUCAGUCCUGCCUGAAGUUAGUCUAUUUCAUUAGUUUAAAAUACAAAACAACUCUUUUAUUAGUUGUAAUAAAUCCUUUCCAAGAAUUGAAUUUAGUUUUUUCUUUUUAAUUUUUCAUUUUGGGCACAAUUUCAGAAUUACAGAAAACUCAUAAUAGUAGAAUGGUGCAAAGAAUUCCUAAAUACCUUUCAUCUACAUUCCCCAAAUGCUAACAUUUUACCACAUUUGUAUAGGGGGUUCCAGGAACUGGAUGGAUUUCAGGGCCAGUUAAGGAAAAAGAUGUAAACAUGAAGUGGCAGGAACACAUGCAAAGAUUAUUUACGCGUGCAUGAGGGAGAAAGGGGCCUCUUGCAGCAUGAGCCCACCCAGAGGCUGGGGCCCAGGGGCCACUUCCCAGAAGAGAGGAGGAUGAGGGAACCCCGGGGGGUAUCUCUGGGUCAAAGCCACUUGGGGUCUUUAUAGCCACAUGGUUUAUAGCUAUCAGAAACUGGGUGUGGUUUCACAGGGUGGGUAAAGCAUGCAGCUUCUAAAUGACUAAAAAUGUGCUGAUAGUUGGACUGUGUUUAAAACAUUCACAUGUGUUGACAUUUGAGUUUGGGGCUGCUGGUCUUUUGAGCUAUUGGUCUCAGUCUGCCGUGAAGAAAUAAACCACCCAGGGGCCAUCUUUGGCUCAUUGCUAAUACAGUUAGCUUUAUCCUGCUUUUCCUCCCCCCGCUAUACAUAUAUAUGUAUGUGUGUGUGUGUGUGUGUGUGUGUAAAUACUUAAAUGUGCAUUUCCCAAAAACAAUGGCAUUCUGUCACACAACCACAGUAUAAUGAUCAAAAUCAGGAGAUUAACAUCGAUGCAAUACCAUUGUCUAACCCACAGAUCUUAGUCACAUUUUACUAGCUGUCUCAAUAAUAAUUUUUCUAGCUAAAGAAAAUCCAGGAUCAUGCAUUGCAUUCCCCCCCACAUCUCUUUAGUUUCCUUUACUCUGGAACAGUUUCCCAAUCUUUCAUUGUCUUUAAUAACAUUGACGUUAUUGAAGAAUACAGGCCGGUUAUUAUAGAACAUUCCUCAGUUUAGGUUUGUCUGGUGUUACAUCAUGAUUAGAUUCAGGUAAUAUAUUUGUGGCAGAAUUUUUUUUUAAAUCUGCUUAAUUAUUUCUUUUAAAAUUUCUUCUCAUACUUGUCUUUUUUUUUACAUCUUUUGAGUUUAUUCUUUUUUUCUGUGCUAGCCUCCUGCAUUGAAUGUCAUUAAUUUCCAGUUUUAAUUUAAUGCCUAUCUUAGGGCUAUAAUUUUCCUUUAAGUAUGUGUUUGUAAAUAUCUACCAAUUUUGGUAUGUACUAGUUUUGUAGUCGUUGUAAAUAUUUUUGCAUUCUUUUUAUUUUCUGAUUUUAUUACUUUUUGGUUUAGAGAGUGGCAUCUAUGCAGUAUUGAUUUUUAAAAGAUGGGUUUAGGUUUAUUUUUUAGCUUGUCAAUUUUAUAACUGUAUCAGAUGCACUUUAAAAAAUGUAUAUUUCUCUAACUAUUGAGUUCAUUCUUCUGUCUGAUCCAAUAGGUCAAGCUUUUAAAUUGUUAUUCACAUCUUAUAUAUUCUUACUGGGUUUUUUUUUGUAUCUUAGAUCUUCAUUUCUAAAAGUAUAUACUAAACUCUUUUUGCUGUGAUUGACGAUUUGUCAGUUUCCCCUUGUUGCGUCGCGUCAGUGUUCAGGUGCAUUUGAGCUGCAUACGCAUCGUGUACAUUUGCUGGGGACACGGACCUAAGAUCGAGUUGAUUUCUGGUCAUUGCUUUGUCUCCUUCCAGUGGGUCGUUCUUUCUUGUUUUUUGUCUGUCUCCGAAUUUUUAAAAUGAAUGCCACGCAUUGUGUGUGGGAGACUUCUGCUGGGCCGUUUCAGCGUGCGGAGCUGGGAGUGCAGGAGUUUGGUUGCGACAAGACUGGUCAGCAGUUGCCAGCUGCGCAAGGCUGGCAUUUGUUGUCGCUAUGGUUACUGUCAGCCUCGGCUGGCGUGGCUCUGUGCUUGGAGCCGGCUGGUUGCUGGUCCCCGCUUCGUGGCCGGCUUCCCUCCCCGCCCCCCCCCGCCCCCCCCCCCCCCCGGUGCCCCUUGACUCUCCUCCUGCUGGCACUCCCGCCUGCUCCUCGGUGCUGGCUGGCCUGCUGGAGGAGGGGCAGGGUGCUCUUUGUGUCUCAGUCUCAGGAGGGUCCUGGGGUCUUGGGGAUGCUGCCCCUCUCCGCGAGGUUGGCGGCUCUAAAAGUCUGAGCCCAGGACCUAUGUCUGCCCCUCUCCGAUGGGGAUAGUGUGUGUUUGUUUCUUUUUCCUGCCACAUGCCGUGGGUCUUACCAGUGCUCUGGGAGCAACAGGGUUUUGCUAACCUUCCCCCAGCAACACAGGGCUUUUGUUCCUCAGGAGAGAAAUUUCGGGAAGGAUGGGGCUUCUCGCGUUUCCAGCAAUGGCAGCCACUCCCCUCCUGUAGGCCUUCACUACCCAGGGAGUCUCCACGUGGUCUCCAGCUCCGCCCUGUCUGUGUUCUUCCUCUAUAUCUGUAUAACAAACAAAUCACCACACAUUUAGUUGUUUAAAGCAGCUCACAGCUCGGAGGCCAGACGUCCCAGUGGGAUGGCCACGCUCUCUGCUCGGGUCUCUAAGGCCAAAAUCAAGGCACUGGACGGGGCGGCCUCUUCUCCGGCGCUCCGGGGGAGAGUCCGCUCCAGGAGUUCGGGGUCAGGGGAAGUGAGUUUCUGGCGGUUUAGGUCGGAGGCCCCUGCGUCCCUGCCCACUGUCGGCUGAGGGCCUGUCUCAGCAUCUUCUCACACUCACGUCUGUCUUCAAAGCCAGAGACGAUGCACCGGCUCCUUCUUGGGCUUUCGUUCUUCCAGACUCCCCCUCUGACCCCCAUCCGUUUCCAACUCAGAGGUAAAGUGUCCUGCCGAUAUUUUGACCCGAGUCUCACUAUGUCGUCUAUUUAUUUGCAGGUUUUCUUAGUGUCUUUGCAAAGGCUUAGAAUCGGACUGUAGCCAGGGCGGCUCUGUCCUGUCUGCAUAUUCAAGCUUCUUUCUACCCGCUUCUACCUGCAGAGUCUCCGAGGCCGGAGCUGAGCCUCCAGCUGACGACGAAAGAAAAUGGGCGUGAGAGAGGUGUUCAGAGCCACCCAGCUUACUAGAGGCCGAGCCAGCACUAGCCCCCAGGGCUCCUGUCCGGAGGAGGCUGGGCGGGGCCCUCAUCGCUAAGCCCCGCCCCUCCCCACCCUCCACCCCUUCAGACCUUCUCACGGAUUUCCUCUCCUCCAGGGGCAGGACUCUGAUAGGAGGUCAUGGAGAGAGAACCCAGUAAGAUGAUAUAUGUAUAUUUUUAUGCCAUACUUAAGUAUUAAACAAUGAGCACGUUUACUGUGGAAAAAAUUAGAAAAUGUGGAAAACAAAUCCUACCGUGUGAAGGUAACCAUUGCUAACAUUUUGCGUGUUUUCUAUAGAAGUUUUUUCUUUACAUGUUUAUGAAAACCCAUUCCAUGACGAUGAAGCAGGAAAUGGAGUAGAGGGUCACAGACCACUGUUUUUGAGCCACGCUGUUGGGCCCGCCUUCCUGUAUUAGCUUCUUGGGGCCGCCAUCACAAGUACCACAGGCUGAGUGGCUUACACAACAGAAAAUGAGUCUCACACAGUUCGGGAGGCUGGAAGUCUGAGAUCAGGGUGUGGGCAGGGUUGGUUCCUCUGAGGCCACGAGGGAGGACCUGCUCCAGGCCUCUCCCCGAGCUUCCGGAGCUCUGCUGGCAAUCCGUGGUUUCUGCUGCAUCACCCUGACCUCUGUCUCUGUGUCUAAAUUUCCCCUUUUCAUAAGGACGCAGCCAUAUUGCGUUAAGAUCCACCCCAGUGACCUCAUUUUCACUUGAUCGUCUGCAAGGACCCUCUUACUAAGUAAGGUCAUGUUCUGAGGUCCUGGGGGCUAAACCUUCGACAGAGCUUUUGGGGGAACACAAUUAACCCAUUGUACUUCCCCUCCAGGAAGCUAUCUCAGGGAACCCCAUAGCUGUUGGGUCACUUCAGGUUAUAAUAGAAUAGGCCCCCCUCAGUUGCCAGCUGUCUGUGAACAUCAUACUCUCAUGUCCAGUCUCCAGCUUCUCCCUGCCCCAUGUGGAGCCAGAGGUCUGGGGCCUCGUCAUGGGAAGGGCAUGUGAUCUGUUCUGUCUCUGCUCCUUGACUCUUCCUUCUCACUGGAUUCCCUCCUUUCUCCUCCAGGGUCAGGGUAUGAGGAGGGGAGAGUAGAGGAAAAAAUAGCUCAGAUUUUCCCCUGCUUGGUGUUAUUUGUAGCUCUCACCUGCCUAGUGCUGGCUGCCCUCAACUCUGCAGGAGGCCAUGUGAUGGCCCUUUGUCGGGGUGCCCAGCCUGGGACACCAGCAGUGGCUCUCUGCAGACCUCCAUGCUCUUGGCUCAGUGGUCCUGCCCCUCAGGACCAGCUCUCUUCACCCUGCCAGCAGCCUGCUUCAUCAGCACCCCUGCAGUAGGGCUUUAAGCCCACUUAGCUUCCCCACCAUCCACUUGGCUCCCCCGAGAACCCUCCCAUCCUUGAUCCAGCAAACGUGCAGCUGGCUUCCGCUCCUGCGCCCUCCCCUCCCCUGGCUGCCGUGGGGAGCCUCUGACUUCUGAAUUCUUCAGCUGGAGAGCUGACUCCUGUUUCUGGGUUCCUGCAUGCCCUAAACAUUCAAAGGAGCCCCCCUCUGGGGAGCUUCUGCAGCUGGACAUACGCCAGCCUGGGGCUGUAGUUCUCCCUUUUUCCAGGCUCCCUCCAGCACCCAUGAACAGCUUUCUUGGAGCACACCCCCUCUUGGCUUGCAAGGGGAGCAAUCCCCGACUAGGACGGGAGGCAAGCCCACGGUACACUUGCUCAACAGACAGCUCUCCUUUGAUAGUUCCCUCCCCCAAAGGAAGGAAUCUGUUAGGGUGUGUCUGGAAGCUCCUCCUUAGAACUUGGGGUGUUUGGGAUUUAGCUGAAAUUUCCAGGCACGUGGGAAAAAAUCCCAUCCAUCCUCCUGUUACGCAUCUGUGAGUCAUAUGCUAUGUAUCCUGCCUUUUUCACCUGCUGGUGUUGUUGGAAGAUCAUUCCAUGUCAAAUAUUUAUAAUAUUUUAAGUUGAUUCAUAGCUUGGCAUGCUUUAAUUGUAUCAUAAUUUAUUAACCAAUCUCUUAUUUUUAAGCACUUAGGUAGCCUCCAAUUUUUUUAAAAAAGACACCCUCAGAAUUCUUUAUGGAGUUUCUGUAAUUCUAGAGUUUUAGUGUCUCUGCAGAAUUCUUGGAUCAAACUCCAGUGUGUCUCUGUCCUGAGUAGGAACUUACCUAGGACCAACCUCGUGUCUAUUCAGGAGAGAUAGGUGUGGGGUCCAGUUGAUGCUUCCAGCCACAGUAAAUUUGCUCCUGAACCUUCGUGUUCCGGUUCCCUGGGAAAAUGAGGAAAGGAGGAGGGCUCAGGAGAAGUCAUCAGAUCUUGUCCCAUAUUUGGUGUCUGCUUUUCCCAGACCAGCAAGGAAGGACCAUGUGCCAGGGGUCGUUAUCAUUCAGAGACGUGGCUGUGGGCUUCACCCGUAAGGAGUGGCAGCAGCUGGACCCUACGCAGAGGACCCUGUACCGGGAUGUGAUGCUGGAGAACUACAGCCACCUGGUCUCCGUGGGGUGUCAAGUCACCAAACCAGCUGUGAUCUCCAGGUUGGAGCAGGGGCAAGAACCGUGGAUGAAGGAGGAAGAGAUCCUCAGAUGGAGCUUUCCAGAAGUUUUGCAAGUUGAUACCCAAGUAGAGAGACAACGGGAACACCAAAACAAACUUUUGAAGCAAGCUGCACUCCUAGACAAGAAAAAAUUGACCACAGAAGGGCAAAACGCAUGUAACACAGUCGAAAAAAACACCUGUCAGAACACAAACGUCGUUUCUUCAGGACAACAGGUCCCUAAGUGCAAGUCAUGUGGAGCAGCCUUGCCGGGUAAUGCAGGCGUUACUCCUAACGCGUACCUUGCAAGAAGGAGAUUUGAAUAUGAUGCACAGGGGAACUUAUUUCUCUAUUCUAAGCUGGAAACUCCACAUUCUGGGGCACACCCACGUGAAUGUAACCAAUGUAGAAAUGCUUUAAGCCAUGACCAAGCCCUUAAUGCUGAUCAGAGAACCGACAGUAACGAGAAACCCCACAAAUGUACCAAAUGUGGGAAAGGCUUCUCCCAUAAAUCAGAAAUCAUCACCCAUCAGAGUGUCCACAGGGAUGAGAAGUCCUCUGGAUGCAAUGACCAGGGGGAUGGCCUGAGGGAGGAGAAGGUUUGCCUCAGCAAAAAACGUCCGGGAAACCACACAGACGAGAAACCCGGCGGAAAUGGCAAAUGCGGUAAAAGGCUCUCCCCAGAAACAAGCCUCUCCAUACCCGAGGCCAUUCUGGCUGGAGAGAAGCCUUAUAAGUGUUCAGACUGUGAGAAAAUCUUCUCCCACAAGUCACGUCUCAUCGAACACCACAGAUCCCACACGGGAGAGAAACCCUAUGGCUGCGAAGAAUGUGGGAAAUCUUUCUCCCGGAAGUCAUGCCUCAUUAUCCACUACAGAAUCCACACAGGAGAGAAGCCCUAUGGCUGCAGCCAGUGUGGGAAAGCCUUCUUCCAGAAGUCACACCUCAUCCUUCACCAGAGGACUCACACUGGAGAGAAACCCUACGAGUGCAGCGAAUGCGGGAAGGCUUUCUCCCAAAACUCCUGCCUCAUCAUACACAAGAGAACCCAUAUGGGCAAGAAGCCCUAUGAAUGCUCUGACUGUGGGAAAACGUUCUCCCAGAAGGCGAACCUCAUCAGACACCACAGAAUUCACACCAGGGAGAAACUGUAUGGAUAAAGUGAGAGAGAAGUUUUCAUCAGGAAUUCCCAACACAUCUAGGAAUGAAAACCCUGUGGAUUUUGUGAACAUGGAAAAUCCUUCAGCAAGAAGUCCAAUGCCACUGUGGGCAGACCUUCCUACCAACUUGGAGAACUAGGAAAUGCUUAUUCUCUUAAAACUAAGGAUAGAAGGGUAAUGAUGCUCUAGAGAGAUCUAUUUUUAUAGGAUAAACUUAAACUUAACUAUGAAGUGUAUCUGUGUCUACAUUAACUGUGGCUAUUGAGCUGUAAGUGAAUAAUUUAAACCAUUAAUGUAACAGACUGAAUAAGCCACAGAACAAUGCCAGGGGUAUGCGGGGACUAUGUUCCUGGAGAUGCUACAUAAACAGAAUUUUAUUUUACUUAUUUUUGAACUGCAUUUGUAGUUGAACAUAAUUGUGAACUUGUAGACACAGAUACCAUAAUAUGUAGGAUGACAUCUAUCAAGAGUUUCCACACUAAAUUACACCCUUUUGUCUUUAAUAUACGUUAUAACUGGGAUUUACUACUCAACCGGAAGUCCAUACACCGUACCACACACCAUUUGGUUUUUUGUUUGCUGGCAAGUAUUACAGAGCCCCCCUGGAUCUGGAAACCAGCAAUUUCAUGACAUCCCCUGAUCUCUCUCCAUCAACUAGUUUAUAAGUCAUGUUAAAUGAGUAAGGUUGGGACUCCCUUUUCUGGCAGUAUAGUGGACCACCUAAAGUGAAAAAUGUUCCACUGUAAACCACUUGAAAUUAUGGACAAUAACAGGUGACAUUCUUUUAAAUGCAUAAUUCAGCUUGCAAGAAAAUCAGUGAGGUUUCCAGGUGCCAGUUCCAGAGGGAACUGAAAAGUGUGUGAGUUGAUGCUGUAAGCUUCCCUGUAGGUUUGUUUACCCAGAAGCUUGGGUGUUAAAAGCUAUAGGCAGAAGGCUUGGCACUGAAAUACCUCAUAAAUUGAGAAAUUUCAAAAGCCUGUACAUAUAGGGAAAGGAUGGACCAGAGAAAAACCUGCUCAUUUGCUCAGGAAGCUUGCCUGUCUUUCCCUGGACUCUGGUAGGGAAAGAAUUUACCCUGAUGAUUCACAAGCUGUGACCUGCACCUCUUACGAGUUAGAAUUGUGAAUUUGCUCUACUCGUGCCCCAGUUGAAAAACUGAACAAUUAACAUAGAAAUUUGUCCUGGUCUUUGAAGCAACUUUACAGAAGCAAACACAAACUAUUCUUGGAGAAAGACACCCUCAACCUGUGUUUCCCAGGGUUCUGACAUACAAACCCAAGAUGAGGUCAUAAUCUAGAAUUAUAAAAUGUGAAGAAAGUCAACAGACAUUUUAACAAAAUAAAAACCUCAAGUCUUUUAAGGUGAUAGAAAAAUCUGAAAUUCUAUAAAAAUGACUGUCUUGAAAAAAUGAAAAAAAUCAAAACUGCAUGAAAGCAGACACAAAGAAAGAUAACUGGCUUAUUUGGAAAAAGAACCACAUAGCGUGUCUAAAAAUGAAAAAUAUAGUCACUGAAAUUUAAAACUCAACGUUAAAAUAUUCUACAUGUCAAACAGAUUAUACUCAGCUGAAGAAAAUGGGAACAGGAAGGCAGAGCCAUAAGCCAAUUCACAGAAUUCAGUAUAUAGAGAGGUGGAAAAUGUGAAAGAAUGGGGGAAGAGCCAUACAAAUGAGAAGAGCAGGCACUUCCCUGGCGUCCAGUGGUUAAGACUCCAAGCUUCCACCGCAGGGGGCACGGGUUCGAUCCCUGGUCAGGGAACUAAGAUCCUGCACGCUGCAAAGCACGGCCAAAAAUACUAAAAACAAAACAAAAAAACAGAAGAGCAAACAGGAGCUCCUUAAAGACAAAAUGAAAAAAACGGAAGAAAAGUAAAUAUUCAAAGAUGUAUUGGCUCAGAUUUAACAAAAGAUGUGCAUUAACAUGCAUAUGUGUGUGAAAUAUAUAUGUGUAUAUAUAUGCAUAUAUAGACAUGCAAUAUAUGCCUAGCUGAAUAACUAAAAAUAAGUUCACAUCUAGAUGUACUCGAUGUAUAUCCGUCCAGAGUCUAGCUAAGCUGCUCUCUAGUAUUGCUGCCUCAUCCAUCGUGUUUGGUCAGAUGGCUGCAGGAACCUUAAGCUGACACAAGCCCCUCGUGCAAGGACAUGCCCUAUAGCAGCCGCUCGGCCACAAGCAGAUGUAAGUCCCUGGAGUGACUGCCCCGCAGCCCUUGUGAUCAGUAGCUCACCUGCCUCCCAGUGCCUGUAAGCUUUACGCACCCCUUAGCCAGGACCCCCGUGAGCUUACCAAAACCCUGCUCUUUGGGUUUGGAUUGAUCAAUCUGGUCCUAACCUAGAAACCCCAGAGCACUCCCCCGUGGACCCUAAUAAAGGGAUGUGUGCCAAGUCCAGUCCCUGUCUGCACUCCGCCUUGACCCCCCCCUGGGGCCCCUCCCAGUGUGCUGUGUGCUUGGUCCAGGCCCUGUGAGUAAUAAACUUGCUGAUUUCGAUUUCUCCGUGGUCUGUUGCUGAACCCACUCAUCGUCCUGCACCCUGUGCUCCACUUAACAAGUGUUAAUUUCACGAAGUCUUCACAGUUGGGAACAGGAUGGUAGAGUCUUGCAAUUGGCUGGUGGAGAAAUGCCUUUGGCUGGCAAACGGGCUGUGGCUGUGUCUCCCACAGGUUGCUGCCCCGUGGAGGGUGAACUCCCCCAGUGGGUGUUAGACUUUGGGUGUACUUCCCCACUCCAGGCACAGACCCAGCUGCUGACUGUUAGGAGACUUGGCCCCGGUUUCCAAAAGGUCCUGUCGGGGCAGGUGAGGGCUGAGAUGCACCCUGCCAUGAGCACUCAGCCACCACCGACUCACCAAAGCACUGGUUCUAGGCUCUGAGGUCCCAGCUCCGGUGAUCCUGCUGCCUCUGCGCUGGUGGGGGUGAGCCCGAUCCCAGUGAGGCUGAUUGGGACACCCUGAGGGGAAGCAGCUGCCUAUGAGUCCGGCUGCCCGGGAUUCCACUGCAGACCUUUAUGGUAACAUCCCCAAGGCCAAGUCAGUUGUCAGCGUGGCGGGUAAUAGAGAAUUAGAAGCUGAAACUUGGAACUGUAUUGCAUCUUCGAAAGUUGCUGAGUGAGUGAAUCUUGAAAGUUCUUAUCACAAGAAAAUAAAAUUUGGCAAUUACAUGAAGUGAUGUUCACUACAGUCAUGACCGUGAUCAUUUCGCAAUGUACACAGGUCGCGAAUCAUUGUGUUGUACUACCUGAAACCAAUAGGAUGUUAUGUGUCAAUUAUCUCUCAAUACAUAAAUAAACUGAAACUUGAAACUUGA